UGGUGUUACUAUGACCUUGAUAAUUGUUGUUUAUUUAUAUUUACUUUCUUUUGCUAAUGCAGAUGAUUCAUUCAAAUUUUAAUGAUGAUAUUUUAUCAUGCAUCUACGUCGAAAAAUUUUAUUUAAAAUAUUCGCAGCUCUAUUUCUGCUCUUCUUUUAUUGUGAAUUUUGCAUUUAUUAUGUCGUCAUUGCACAGUGUUCUUGGCCUUUUCUUGAUCCAAAACUUGAGCAUAGUAACAUUGACAAAACCAGUGAAGAGCCUGUCACAAUUAUGGUCAUCGCUGACACCCAUCUUUUGGGACCUAGAAAUGGCCAUUGGUUUGAUAAACUGCGUAGAGAAUGGCAAAUGCAAAGGGCUUUCCAAACAGCUGUUGCUUUGCUUAAACCUGAAUUAGUCUUUAUAUUGGGAGACAUUCUAGAUGAAGGCUUCUAUUGUACUUCCAAAGAAUUUGAAAAUUAUGUUCUUAGGUUUGAGAAGAUGUUUGCACUUCCCGAUCAUAUUAAACUAUAUAUGGUUCCUGGAAACCAUGACAUUGGUUUUCAUUAUGAGAUAACUCCAACUCGAGUUAGUAAAUUUGUAAAUGAUUUCAAUGCAUCAGCAGUACAACUAAUUACAGUUAGAGGAAAUCAUUUUGUUCUAGUCAAUAGUAUGGCUUUAUCUGGAGAUGGUUGUUUUUUAUGUAAGCCUGCUGAAAUGCAGCUCAACCAUAUAGAGAGAACAUUGAAAUGUUCUAGAGCACCUCCCAAUUCUGGUGAAUGUGAUGAGAAUUCAAGACUUGCAGUAUAUAGUAAGCCCAUUUUAAUGCAGCAUUUUCCACUUUAUAGGCAGUCUGAUAUGGAAUGUAAUGAUUUUGACUCUGCUCCCAUGCCUAUAAAACAAGAAAAGUUUAGGGAAAAUAGAGAAUGUUUGAGUAGGGAAGCGACUUACCAGCUUUUGAGCCAAAUCAAACCGCGUUUGUCUCUCUCUGGACAUACUCAUCAUGGUUGCACAAAAAAACUCAUGUUAGGGGAUGGUAUAGAGAUCACUAUACCCAGUUUCAGUUGGAGAAAUAAAAACAACCCUACCAUUGGACUGGGCAUCUUCACACCAAACAAUUAUUCAUUUACCAAAUGUUCAUUACCAAGGGAAACAACAGUUAUUUUACUGUAUAUAAUUGGUGUCAAUAUAAUUGGUGUAUGGAUAAUUCAUACAUUAUUAAUAAAAGGAAGAAGGAAACAUUUAAAAUGAAGUGACAUCAGAACGGGAUAUAGGAAAUUAUUCAUAUUUGGUAUGAUUAAUCUCCUGGUACCAAAUGAAGAUUUUAUCCCCAAUUCCGUUAAUUAGAAUCUUAUAAAAAGCAAUAAGCAGUUGAAUGGUGAGCUAAUAUUAUAUUCAGUUCAAUUGCUGAAUCUCCAAUUUUUCUUAUGUGAUAUUUUAUUGUUUAAUUAUUGAGCUAAACAUAUAUCAAAAAAAUUAUCAAUAUGAAGUUGUUCAG